CAGCCUAGACUAAAUUGCCCUGAACAGUAUAUAAACGAGUUGUGGGAUACAAUUUCUAAUUCAAUCAAGAGAGCAGCAAACAAGUCAAUCCCGAGAAAGCGAGUAUACAAUUUUGGCAAUGAGAACAGAUACAAAAGAAAAGAGACCAAACUGCAUAAAGACACAACGAAGUUGAGCAAAAUAAUCCAGGACUUUAAAAAGAAGGGCACUAUAUGUGAGGUAGAGGAAGCAGAAAUAAAGAAGGUCAACAAGUUAGUCGAACACAUUAACAAUACAUAUAUGAUGUCCCUAGAUAAGUUGACCAGCAACAGCACGUUAUUGCAUGAAUGGUUAAUAGCAGCAAAGCAGGGUUGGAAAGCAAUGCGCGUACUUGAGAGAGCAGCAGAAAAUAGUAGCACUUGUACUAAAAUAAAGGAAGCAGUAAACCAAAGGCUUGAAAGAAUCGAUGGUGAUGUCGGGAGAAUGUUAGCAAGUAUAUUAGAAAGAUCUUACAAGAAGAUUAAUAUUGACAGA